AUGCCGGGCUUUGCAGAUUCCUUUUGGUCCAGCGACUACGCUGCAGGACUGGGUGUCCUGUUUGGCAAGUUGCAGCAGGGCGUGCAAGAAAACCGACAAGUCCUGACCGUUGCUCGAAUGCGGGCCGAAGCCGAGGAAAUCUACAGCCAGCGGUUAGGAGACAUUGCACCAACGGCAGACAAGGUCCAAGGCGGCUUUUCGAAAGAUGACGGCGCCAGCGUUCGCAAGGCCUUCGAUGGCGUUCGGACCGAGAUGGAAGAAGGUGCCAAGAACCACAAAAAGAUCGCCCAGAACAUCCGGGACCUCGUUGUUAACCCCUUCUCGCGCUGGUGCGAUGCUCACGAGUCACGCAUCCAGGACUCCCAGGACGAGUUGCAGGCCCGCAUCAAGGCGCACGACAAGCAAGCCGAGUUGGUCAAGAAGCUGCGGAGCACUUACUUCAAUAAGUGCAGGCUGGUUGAGGAUAUCGAGGAAGAGACCAAGCUGGCCUUUCAGGACCCCGAGAACAGCCCCAAGAAUAUCCCCGAGAUCAAGGUGUCCGAGAACAAAGAGUCCGAGCUCCAUCCCCAAGAAGACGAUGACGAGCCCAUUGAGAUCGGCGACGAGUUCUACCAGCCCGAGCAGGUCAAGAAGAUACUAGCGCACAUGCUGAACACGAUCAAACUUGGAGAGACCAAGGUCCCCAUCCUCGGAACCUACCAGAACACAUCGGCCGGCUCCGACAUCGUCGAGUACCUACAACGGCACAUGAACACAACGAGCGUCAGUUACGCUGAGAGAAUCGGCCAGGACCUCAUCUCGAACGGAUAUCUCAGGCUUAUUGGCAACGUUGGCAGCACUUUCGCCAACAGCUCCAAGAUGUUCUACCAGUGGCGCCCCAAGGCUUUCAAGCUGGCUGGCGUACCCGACAAGAAAGCGCCUCUAGGCCGAACAUUCUCCCUCCCCGCCUCCGAGUCGGCCGAUUCGCCCGUUGUCGGAACCGUCAGCGAGUACCUUGCCAACUGGAACGUUCUCAACAACCAGCACCCCAACGAAACCCCGCCGGAGCGACUGCGCCGCGAGGCCAGGGAAGCGGACGACAAGUACAAGGCGAGCGUGCGUAAGCUAGACGAGAUGCGCUGCGAGCUGGAGGAGACCAUCUUUGUGCACCUGCGUUUUCUGGAGCGCUGCGAGCUGGACCGCCUCAAGGCCAUCAAGACUGUCAUCUUGGACUUCUCGGGCACCAUCAGCAACGUCAUCCCCAGCAUGCAGUCUGCUGUCGACAACAUGAUGCUCUUCCAAGAGACUGUUCAGCCUCUGGGUGACUUGAGAUAUCUGCUCGAGAGCUACCGGACUGGCAGCUUCGUUCCCAAAGUGGUCGUCUACGAGAACUACUACAACAAGGUUGACGAGCAGACAUUUGGCGUGGAUCUCGAAGCGAGAGCGCGUGCGGAUAAGAAGCGCGUGCCCGUCAUUGUCACCACUAUCCUGACGUACCUGGACAACCGCUACCCCGAUCUUGAGGGGGACGAGGCCAGACGCGGUGUCUGGCUGGUCGAUGUUCCCCUGCAGCAGGUUCAUAAGCUCCGCAUGAAGCUUAAUGACGGCAAGCCUAUCUCGCCCGAUGUUUUUGACGAAUUUGAUAUCCCGACUGUUGCAAGCUUGCUCAAGCUGUACCUUCUUGAACUGCCUGAUUCUCUCGUCUCAUCCCAUGUAUAUGAGAUUGUCAGAACGAUAUACCAGACCCAAUCUCAAGAAAGCGACGCUUCUCGUGUGUCCGUGCUGCAGCAGACGCUGUCACAAAUGCGACUCACUAAUAUCGCAACGCUUGACGCCUGCAUGAACCAUUUCACCCGCCUGAUCGACCUCACCUCGGCUGACGAGGCUUACAUCUCGACUCUAGCCACAACCAUCGCGCCUUGCGUCCUCCGCCCCCGAGCGGAAACUUCUCUGACCAUGGAGGAGAAGCAUGCUUACAGGCUCGUUCGCGAUCUUUUUGCCCACAAAGAGGCCAUCUUCAGCGAACUGAAGCGCAUGUCUACGGUGAACCACGGCGGUUCGAUCAACCGCCCCCGCGCCAUCAGCAGCGACGAGAGCAACCGGAGAGCAAACAUGGAAGAGCGGAAUAGAGCUCUGCUCGAGAAGGCUGCCGGUAGCCGCGGCCGUGCCACUAGCCCUGCUCCUAGCCCCCGCGGACACAGACGUGACCGCAGCACGGGCGGCCCCGAGACUCGCUUCCCGAUCCAGACGAGCCCGCCCGCGUCUGCAGUUGACCGUCACCGCUCUAGCUUAGGCAGCGUGGUUGGCACCAAGCGGUCGAGUCUUGAGGUCCCCGGCAGCGAAACGGAGACAGCGACGACCAACGGCUCCACGGCACCUGGCUCUGAGGGCGUUGCGGCCAGAAUCAAGGCUCUCGAGUCUCCCGCCGAGAAGCGCAACAGCUUGGGUCGCAGCAGCGUUCGGUACUCCCUGGACCGCCACGUCGCAGCGGCAUCAAGCAACGGAACGGAGAGCGGCUCAUCGACGCCCCGCGACUCAGGGCCCCCCCGCGGAGUGACGCUCGAGGACAAGCCUAUGGAUGACUAA